AUGCCAUCGCCUCCUCCACUUGACACCAUCGAGGACAUCCUCGCAACAGCCGCCAUCGACGAGGCCUUCUCCGCCGCGCUGCAAUCCAGCCAUCUCCAGCCCGGCUCCAGCUACACGCUCGCGGACAUCAAGCAAGGCGCCGCGGCGGGUCGUGAGGCAUUCCAGAAGCGGCUCUCGGAUUCGCGACCGCGCGAGAUCACGGAGACAGAGCACUCGAUCCGACUGCGCGACGACUGGGCCUGCCGCAUCAUCGUGUGCCACUUGACCGCAGACAUCCAAGCCAAUGCAGCGCCGCCGCCGCCGCCGCCGCCGCCGCCCCCGCGACCAUUGAUUCUCCUGCUGCACGGCGGUGGCCACACGAUCGGCUACCCUGAGCUGCAGCUAGGACUGGCGCGGGAGCUCGUGCUGGCGCACUCUGCUGUGGUGGUGUGCUCGUCGUACCGUCUGGCGCCUGAAUUCCCCUUCCCCUUCUCGAUCUGCGACUCGUGGGAGGUGCUGCAAUUCUGCGCCCGCGAGAACCGCAAGUCCAACUCGGCCAUCCUGCCCCGAUGCACCGACGCGCGCGUCGGGUUCCUGGUUGGCGGCGAGAGCGCGGGCGCCAACCUCGCCGCCUCGCUGGCCCACCUGGCCCGGGACCAUAACUUGAACCCUCCCCUCACGGGCCAGGUGUUGAUGGCGGGCAUGUACAUCUCCCCAACCUGCGUGCCUGAACGGUACACGGCGCGAUAUCUGAGCAGAGAGCAGAACGCCGACGCCCCGAUCCUGGACCGUCACCUCUUGAAGCUGAUGACCGACGCCUUCAAGCCGGACCCGGCGUCGAAGCUGUGCUACCCGUUCGACCAGCACGAUCCGCGCGAUGCAGGCGAAGCGGCAGAUGGAGCGGCUGCUGGUGCGACAGGUGGAGCGACAGAAGGUAGGGUGUCCGUUAAGCACGGCCAUCUGGGCGUCGCACCGGCAUAUUUCCAAGUCUGCGGGCUCGAUCCUGCCAGGGAUGACGGGUUGAUCUAUGAGAAGGUGCUGAGGGAGGAAUGCGCCGUGCCGACCAGGCUCGAUCUGUAUAGCGGGUGGGCGCAUUGUUGGUGGGCCAUGUUUCCGGACCUGGACAUGUCACGGAGAAGGAUGCGAGAGGCUGUUGAGGGCGUGGGAUGGCUGUUGAUUUUGGGAAAGGAUCGAAAAUGA